AUGCAAAGUGUCAUUGAGUCUGGCCCAAAGGCAAUGUCCGAUGAGGCGAAAGAAGCCAGCAUCAUGGCAGAGCAACCCUUACCCUCACACCACUUCGAAGCGUAUCCGAGAUGGGGGCUCACUCUCUUUAAACAACACACAGACUCGUCGAGCAUGGAGGUCCAUGUCAAACAUCGACGUGUUCCAACCCAGAUCGCUAUCCAACUCCACUGCGUUUCACCCAUAACCUAUCGGACGCUGAUCUCCUUCUGCAGCUCUCACUCGUUCAUCGGUCUUUUUCAGCUGAAGUGGUCUCUUCUAUCUACCUGGCAACAGUUGGAAACAAUCGUGCCGAUCGUGCAUGAUGCGGCUCAGCAACUGGAAGCCACAGGCCCACAGCCUUUUAUUUUCUGUCGGAGCUUCUUUUGGCCAUGGACUUAUGGUGGCGACCGCAUCCGUUUCGUCCCUACUCGAUUCUUGGCCAGACGCGCCAAAACUGUGAUGGGAAGCGCAAGGAAGAAUGAGGCCGUCCUUGCCGGUGUGGGUGUCGAGGUGCCGGGCAAUAGCAAUCUACAACUACAAAGCAGGUUUUUGGCUUUUUCUGACAUUUCAGAGUGGAAGAAAAGUUCAAACGGGGUCGGCAAUUUCUCAUUCGGCGAGGCUUGCAUUUGUUAUCAUGGUCGAUUCUUCACGAGCUCCUAUCGACGAACGGCGCCGUCGCCCAAGAUGCGUUUCAGUGUGGGAAUUGCGUUCCUUCUCGGCCAGGCUAUGGCCUCACCUCACUCGCUUCAGCAACUCCAGCAAAGACAAGACAAGAAAGACUGCCCACCAAUUCAUAUCUUUGGAGCGCGAGAGACUACGGCACCGCCGGGUUUUGGUGCCGCGGCUGGCAUCGUCGACGACCUCACCAAGGCGAAUCAGGGGGCCACGAACGAGGCCAUCAAUUAUCCCGCAUGUGGAGGGUCGUCAGACUGUUUGGGAAUCAGCUAUGCGGACUCGGUGAAGAAUGGGACGGCGGCUGUUGCCACGGCCGUGAAUGACUUCAACAAGAAGUGCCCCAAGACGAAGAUUGUUAUGCUGGGGUUCUCUCAGGGUGCUCAAAUCAUGGACAACGCGUACUGCGGUGGUGGAGACAGCAUUGAAGGGGUCAAGGACGUCAAUGUUCUCAUCUCCAAUGAGGCACUCGGCGCGGUGAAGGUCGCCAUCUUCAUGGGUGACCCACGUUACGUCGCUGGCCUUCCUUACGAGUUUGCACCACGACCUCAGGGGUUUCAAUGCCCGAACGGAGGCAACAUCAAGUCAUUCUGUGAUUCAGCAGACCCGUUUUGCUGCAACGGCAAUGAUCCCGUUGCUCAUCUACAGUAUCCCAGCAUCUACGGCGACCAGAUUAAACAGUUUAACACCAUCAACCUCGACCCAGGGAGACUUGCACUUGCAAACCAUUCAACCUUGGCGUACCACCAACUUCAGGGCCGCGCGGCCUUUGAUCUAAUAGAUGGCCUCUUCGAAACGAGGGCCAUUGAGUCACUUCCGAGUCCUUCUUGUCAUCAGACUUUUACCUUUUCUUUCACACCUGUACCAAGAGCUCAACCAGAGUCUGCUUCGAGCCAAAAGUCAAUUCGGCACACUCUGUCGUCACUCCACAAUGUUCACCCCUCCAUCAUCUCAAACAACGGGACGUUGUGCUUAGAGCUCCAAGCUAUCAUCCACAGUCACAGCGAGCAGAACCUCACACAACCACAUCCAACCCAACCCAACAUCUCAACCCCUUUCGUCCCAACCCACGAGUACACACACAAGCAAACCAAAAUGGAUCCUCCAAAACCAUCACCAUCAACCUCAUCAUCAAAACCACCCGAAAAACCAUCCUUCCCCGCCAUCGCACCCCUCCCAAAGACCCCGCGCACCUUUCAAACCCCCACCAAGCGCAUCAACACCGGCACCGACCUGGCAACCUUUCUCACAACAACAGCCUACCGCGACAUCCUCCUCUUCCUCCUCCAGCUCAACCGCUCCCUCUGCCCGCGCCGCAACCCAACCCGCCCAACGGGCCCCUCCACAACCUACCCGCUCUCCUCCGUCCCCUCCACACCCGAACGCGGCCUCCCGCCCUCCAUAGCCCGCCUCCAGGCCCUCCUCGCCGAAGCCGAAGCCCUCAUCGACCUCGCGCCCCCGGACCCGGGCCCCCGCCGCUUCGGCAACGUCUCCUUCCGCAAGUGGCACGAGCUCCUCGCCGAACGCGCCCCCGCCCUGCUGUCCAAACACAUCCCCGACUCCGUCCUCGCUUUCCCCGCGACGCCGUCCUCCGAGCCGCCCGCCGCCGAGCUCCUGGCGUACCUCCUCGGCUCCUUUGGCUCCGCGCAGCGCCUGGACUACGGAACGGGCCACGAGCUCGCCUUCCUCGCCUUCCUCGGCUCCCUCUACAAACUCUCCUACUUCGCCGACGACACCGCCACCACCACCACGAACAACACCGCCGCCGCCUCAGAAAAUGGCCAACCAACUACCGCAGCCGCAGCAAUAGCACCAGACACAUCCGCCCUAGACCGCACCAUCGUCCUCGGCGUAAUCGAACCCUACCUCCGCGUCGUCCGCCGCCUCAUCCUCACAUACACCCUCGAGCCAGCAGGAUCCCACGGCGUAUGGGGCCUCGACGACCACUCCUUCCUCCCCUACAUCUUCGGCUCCGCCCAGCUCGCGGCGCCCGUGUCCGCGGACUCGGACCCGAUGCCGACGGAGGGCUCCGUCCGCGGCGCGCCCAAGACGGGGGACAUUGUCAAGCCCGCCGUCGUCGAGGACCAGCGCUCCGAGAACAUGUACUUCUCCGCCGUCGGGUUCAUCAACGACGUGAAAAAGGGCCCGUUUUGGGAACACAGUCCCAUCCUCUUUGACGUGUCUGGCGUCAAGGACGGCUGGGGCAAGAUCAAUAAGGGCAUGCUCAAAAUGUUCAACGCAGAGGUCCUCCAAAAGUUCCCCGUCGUCCAGCACUUCACGUUCGGCUCCCUCUUCUCCUGGGACCAAGACCCCAACGCCGCGCCCGUAUCACAGUCCGUCCACGCCGCGAACCAGCCCUCGUACAACUACCCAGCAACAACGGCGCCUCCCCCACCCCAAGCCGGCGCAGGCACGGCCGCGCCGUGGGCGACAGCAGGUGGCGCUGGUGCUGGUGCUGUUCCGAUAGGUCGCAUGCCCCCUCCUCCCCCUGGUGGCGCGGGAAUACCCUACUCGCGACAGCCGCCGCCGCCACCGUCAUCCGCGGCUUCGGCGAGGGGGCCGCCGCCAGGUAUGAUGGCCAUGCCUCCUGGCGCACAGCAGGCGAGGCAGGGCACGGCUGAUGCGCAGGUUGCGUUGACCAAGGCGCCGUGGGCAAAUUUGAACGCAUGGGUGGAGAUGGAACCUGAAAAAAGCCAAAGGGCCAAGACCCUGGAGAUACAACUUGUAGAUACACCGCUUUCGUUGCUCCGGUGUGUCUAUAGCGUCUGGAGACAGCAGCCCGCGGACGAGAAGAAAAGACAAAGAUCAUACCAACGGUCUGAAAGCAAGAAAACCAUCUAA